GCCCAAAAGAAAGACUGGUUAUCUCUUACAGAUCCCAAAACCAUGGCUCAGGCAAGCAGUGUGCUGCUGAGCUGCAUCCCCAACUACCUUACUCACUUGCAGAAGUAUGGAAGUCCAACCAACCGCGAGUGUAUCUCUAUCCACGUGGGGCAGGCGGGUGUCCAGAUCGGCAAUGCCUGCUGGGAGCUGUACUGCCUUGAGCACGGUAUUCAGCCCGAUGGUCAGAUGCCAAGUGACAAAACCAUCGGGGGUGGUGACGACUCAUUCAACACCUUCUUCAGUGAGACGGGGGCCGGCAAGCACGUUCCCAGAGCAGUGUUCGUGGACCUGGAGCCCACUGUGGUCGACGAAGUACGCACGGGGACCUACAGGCAACUCUUCCACCCAGAGCAGCUGAUCACUGGGAAGGAAGAUGCGGCCAAUAAUUAUGCCAGAGGUCAUUAUACCAUCGGUAAGGAGAUUGUCGACCUCGUCCUGGACCGGAUCCGCAAACUGGCGGACCUGUGCACAGGACUGCAGGGCUUCCUCAUCUUCCACAGCUUCGGAGGUGGCACGGGCUCGGGGUUCGCAUCCCUGCUCAUGGAACGGCUCUCGGUGGACUAUGGCAAGAAGUCCAAGCUGGAGUUCGCCAUUUACCCCGCCCCUCAGGUCUCCACAGCUGUGGUAGAGCCCUACAACUCCAUUCUGACCACACACACGACCCUGGAACAUUCUGACUGUGCCUUCAUGGUCGACAACGAAGCCAUCUAUGACAUCUGUAGGCGCAACCUGGACAUUGAACGUCCCACAUACACCAACCUCAAUCGUCUGAUCGGGCAGAUUGUGUCCUCCAUCACAGCCUCCCUGAGGUUCGAUGGGGCCCUGAAUGUGGACCUGACAGAAUUCCAGACCAACCUGGUGCCAUACCCUCGAAUCCACUUCCCACUGGCCACCUACGCCCCGGUCAUCUCAGCUGAGAAGGCCUACCAUGAGCAGCUCUCGGUGGCUGAGAUCACCAACGCGUGCUUCGAGCCAGCCAAUCAGAUGGUCAAGUGCGACCCUCGCCAUGGCAAAUACAUGGCCUGCUGCAUGUUGUACAGGGGGGAUGUUGUCCCGAAAGAUGUCAACGCGGCUAUCGCUACCAUCAAGACUAAGCGCACUAUCCAGUUUGUAGACUGGUGCCCAACUGGAUUUAAGGUGGGUAUUAACUACCAGCCCCCCACUGUGGUCCCAGGAGGAGACCUGGCCAAGGUGCAGCGGGCCGUGUGCAUGCUGAGCAACACGACUGCCAUCGCAGAGGCCUGGGCCCGCCUGGACCACAAGUUUGACCUCAUGUACGCCAAGCGAGCCUUUGUGCACUGGUACGUGGGGGAGGGCAUGGAGGAAGGGGAGUUCUCGGAGGCUCGGGAGGACCUGGCCGCGCUGGAGAAGGAUUAUGAAGAGGUGGGCGUGGAUUCCGUGGAAGCAGAGGCUGAAGAAGGGGAGGAGUACUGAGUGCGAGGAUCCACUGGCCGCCAGCCCUCUACCCUCUGCUCCCACCAUUGUCUUAACAGGAUAUAGUUAAUAAAGUUU